CCCAACUAUCACAUAUUGCUCCCAAUCUAUCUUCAUUUUCGUUUGACAUCUGUAUUCCUGUUUCCAAUAUUUCCACUUUCAUACGUACUUCAUACAGCCUACAGGCUACGGCUACCAAGCUCGCUGCUCUCCUGAUUCCUAGUAGUCUAAACUAAACUAAGCAUCCUCCUCUAAUUUCCAUCUCAUCUUUCUUUUUUUUUUUUCACGCCAGAAAGUGUUUUGUUUGUUGGUCUGUAACUUUUGCACAUAACUCGCACACUUGCAGCCGUAUACACGACUAAACACUGCAGACGAAUAUUGGGAUGGAUGAUGGUGGUGUUGGGGUGGGGUUAAUUCAUAAAUCUAUAGACACGUAGAACUCUGGGAAUGGGGGAGGUAAUGGGAUCUUCUUUGAGGUCAUGGAGGGAGGAGUUAGCUAGUUUAGUUGAAGACACUGGGAUAAGAUUCAAUGGCGAAGUAAUUGGAAUUUCGACGCCAGCAUUUGAGACCAAGAAAAUUGGGGCUGAUUCAUCCGGGAAUGAAACCUCGGCGGAGCCAGAGAGCUUCAAGGAUCAAAUCAAAGGUUUUGCCAACGCUUGGGGCGAAAUGGUGGUGGAAUUUGGCAGAGGCUGUAAGGAUGUAUUUCACCAGACCUUAUUGACUGACGACUCCUACAUUGUCAAGAAAACUAGAGGCCCAUUGGCUGAGGUUUCUCAGAGGCUCAGCUUUUUCGGUGAGUAUUUGCCGGAAGAUCGCGAUCCCGUGCACGCUUGCCUGGUUAUAUUCUCCGUUUUCGUCCUCGCCCUCGCCGUGCUGGGAGUAAAUAGCAAACAUUAUAGUUCAGUUCCAAUGAUAAAAAAAGUGCAGCUGCAUCCCCCAAGUGCUGCCCGUAUACUGCUUCCAGAUGGUAGAUACUUGGCGUACCAUGAAUUCGGAGUUCCAGUCGACAGAGCUAGAUUUUCCCUAAUGAUUCCACAUGGUUUUCUUUUUUCUAGGCUUGCAGGUAUUCCUGGUAUUAAAUCUUCCCUACUAAACGAGUUUGGUGUGCACAUAGUAACAUACGAUCGGCCUGGUUUUGGGGAGAGCGACCCUCAUCCUGAUAGGAACCUGAACUCCUCUGCUGUGGAUAUGUUAAACUUAGCAGGUGCUCUAGGUAUAAAAGAUAAAUUUUGGAUCCUGGGAUAUUCAGAUGCAGCCAUCCAUGCUUGGGCUGCACUUAACUACGUACCACAACGAAUCGCUGGUGUGGCAAUGUUUGCCCCGCUGGUCAAUCCAUAUGACUCGAGCAUGACUAAGGAAGAAAUGUCCAGAACCUGGGAAAAGUGGACACGAAGAAGGAAAUUAAUGUACUAUUUAGCUCGAAGAUUUCCUAACUUUCUCAAAUAUUUCUACCGCCGAACUUAUCUAUCUGGAAAGCAUGGUCAGAUUGAUAAGUGGCUGUCUCUAUCACUAGAAAAGGGGGACAAAGCUUUGAUCCAAAAACCAGCCUUUGAGCAGUUAUGGCAAAGAAAUAUAGAGGAAUCAAUUCGCCAAGGUAGCACGAUACCAUUUGUUGAGGAAGCAGUGCUGCAGGUUUCAAACUGGGGUUUUAGCCUGGUUGAUAUUCAAGUGCAGAAGAAGUGUUCUAGGAAAGGCAUUCUCCCAUGGCUUAAGUCCAUUUAUGGUCAGGCAGAAUGCGAAUUGACUGGAUUUCUUGGCCCAAUUCACAUAUGGCAGGGAAUGGAUGAUCUUGUGGUUCCCCCAUCAGUGACUGAUUAUAUUGCAAGAACUCUACCCAAUGCUGCCAUACAUAAACUCCCAGAAGAAGGUCACUUUUCCUAUCUUUUCUUGUGUGACGACUGCCACAGACAAAUAUUUUCAACCCUUUUUGGAAGCCCACAAGGUCCUCUAGAACUCACAGAUGAAACUCCAUCAGGGUAUGAGCGGGUCAUCAACGCCAUGUGAUUCCUUCAUAUGAUGGUCAUUACUGUUUUCAGAUAUCAUGAUGUAUAUAACAUGGUUCGCACCACUUCUUCAUGGAGCAUUAAAAGACAGAAAUAUUCUGUUCUAGAGUUUCCAUUGUCUAUAGCUGCUUUCCAUAAUAGAUGGAAUGGACAACCUUUUCUUUUCUCUUGCAACAAAAUCGUGCCUUGAUGUAUCAUGUAAGAGACAGGUUUUGAAUCUUUAGUUGAGCAGGUGAACGCCGCGUCGGCGACAAUUUGAUUUCUUUUA